UUGUUCUACUCUUCUAAAACACACCAAAGAGAAAAAGAGAAGGAAAAUCCUUUUCACACUUUCUCUUGCCAUUGCUUCUUAACCUCUCCCUUCCUAUUCUAUUCUCUUCUCUUUUCUCAGCUCUGCCUCCCUGCUCAUUGGCUUAGCUCAGUAAAAUCUCAUUAUGCUUUUGUUUGAUGUUUCCUUUUAACUUAGACCAUAUUAGCUGAUCUGGGCUUUCUUUGUUUCUCAUUCAGAUCAUAGUUUUCAAAAAAAAAAAAAAAACUUUCCUUGUUCUUUGUUAGCUUCACUCUUGAAAAACCAUUGAAAGAAACAAAAACAAAACCCAGCUUUAUUCUUUGGGUUUUAGGUAGCUUUCUUCAUUGGUAUAAUGAGAUUCUGAAAAAUGGGAUUUGUGUCAAAGCUUCAGAAUAUUGAUGAAUGUUUUAAGAAACCUUCUUCAGUUGUUUGAAAUUGUUUUGAAAGUGGUUCUUGUACCAUGAGAAGAGGUAGAGGAAAAGCAAAGAAGCAGACUGUUGUUUCUUCUCGUGAAGAUCCCGGAAGUGGUGAAGAUGAAAAAAUUCCAGCAUAUAGGAGAAGAGGAAGGCCACAAAAGCAAUUGAAGGAUGAUAUUGAGGAAGAUGAAGUGGAGAAAACAGAAGAAGAUGGUGAAGAUGUUAAAGGUUCUAUUCCUAUUAAGGAUAUGAAAAAUCAGGUUGCCACAGAGAAUGGAAGGAAGAGGAAAAGGUCAAUGCAGGCAAAAGAAAGCAUAGAUUCAGUCAAGAAAGAAAAUGGUAUUACAACAAAGGUAAACACUGAUGAUUCAACUAAAUCUGUUGGAUAUCGACAAAAUGGUAGCAGGCGUAAAAACAAGCCUCGACGGGCUGCUGAAGCUGUUGUUGAGUGCAAGUGAGGUUCCAGAUAACCAUCAGCAUGGACUUUAUCUUUUUUUUCAUACCUGAUAAAUCAUCCUGAAAGUAAUGCUUGUCUGCUUAUGUAUGGAUUCAGAUAUUUCUUUCUUUUCUUUUUUUUUCUUUUUGUAGUUUCUGAAUUCCAUUCAGUAAUGGAUAAUUUUGGUUGGGGGCUUUUUGGAUAAGUUUGCAGUGCGUGGUUGUAAUACUCCAUGGUUUUACCACAAAUUAAAAAAAUCAUUUUCCUAA